AGCACUGGGGGGAUUCUGUUGUCUUUUGGUUGAGUUGCCGAGAGGACUGCUCACACGUGGAUUUGGGGAGUAGGAGAGAAAAUUGUUGAGGAAUUAUUGGAGAAUUGUUGAGAGAGGACUGGAGUUUUGGGGGUUAUUUCCUUGAGAUGUUUGGAAGAAUUGUCAGCGCGAGCCACCGACGCAUUUCGUUACUGUCGCGGGUGUGGAACGGCCAGUCUGGAGCACUGGCUGGCAAAAAAGCUGAGGAAAAAAUGACAACACUCUUGAGGAGCAAAUUUCCAAAAGCAGAAGUCAUCGAAGUCACUGAUAUUUCGGGUGGAUGUGGAGCAAUGUUUGAGAUUAGUGUAAUAGCCCCGGAAUUCAAAGGAUUGAACACAAUCAAGCAACAUCGAUUAAUAAACGAAACACUGAAAGAUGAAAUAAAGGACAUGCACGGCAUCAGGAUCCACACGAGUCCCUCAUCUUAGUUCCCCUCUCAAUUUACAGUGAAAUAAUGUGUAAACUGCUCCGAGUAAAAAAAAUGUAAAUACUGUUUCCCAAUAAAGUGAUAAAUCGAAGUAAAAAUACAA